AUGGGCCGCAAUCACACUUCGAAAGUGGCAGCCGGCCUCGAUGGCGCCAACCCAGUGAAGCGAGACCGCCACCCCGUGUGGUACCCACCGCUGAAGCUGGACGGCAACGGACUGAAGGUGAUGAACUCACUGACGGAGACCCUCGAGGACUUCGCGCCGCGAGACGGUCGGGUGGUGCGGUGGUACACGUGCGGCCCCACCGUCUACGAUCUCUCUCACAUGGGCCACGCACGCGCUUACCUCACCUUCGACAUCAUUCGCCGUAUAAUGGAGGACUACUUUGGCUACUCUGUACUUUACCAGAUGAACAUCACCGACAUCGACGACAAGAUCAUUAAACGCGCUCGCGUGGGCAAACUGCUGGAUGAUUUCAAGGAAGGGGAGCUGCACCGCAGCAAUGUUGAAAAGCUCGUAGCGUUCACGGCUGAGGCUGUCGCCGCCGCCGAGAGUAACCUGGCAAAGCGCAAGGCGAAGCUGUCGGAGCCGAUUCCCGAAGGCGCCAACAGCCGCGUCAAGGCGGACCACGAGGAGAAGAUGCUGGAGUUGCAGCUAAAGGAGUCGCAGCUCGCUGAAACCAAGGAGAAGAUCGCGGCAGCCAAGGACGACUUCGCUGCCCUGUUUGCCGCGGCCAGCGGCGUAAACGGCGAUUUACUUGACGAGCGCAACGGCCACAGCAUCUCCGAUCAGCAAAUCUUUGAAGACCACGCUCGUAAGUACGAGCGUGCCUUUUUCGAGGACAUGCAGCGCCUGGGUAUCCGUGACCCAGACAUCGUCUCGCGCGUCACGGAGUACGUGCCUCAGGUGGUGGAGUUCGUGCAGAAGAUUAUCGACAAUGGCUUCGCCUAUGUCGGCGAGACGUCCGUCUUCUUCGACACAGAGGCGUACAUCAGGGCUGGCCACGACUACCCGAAGCUGAAGCCCGGCGGUGACCGCAACACUACCGAGGAAGAGAUGGCUGAAGGCGAGGGCACACUUACGAAGGCCGUCGAGGGCGAGAAGCGCAGCUCGAACGACUUUGCUCUGUGGAAAUUCUCGAAGCCCGGUGAGCCGCGCUGGCCGUCCCCGUGGGGUGCUGGCCGUCCUGGCUGGCACAUCGAGUGCUCCGUCAUGGCGUCCGAUGUUCUUGGAGAGAACAUGGAUAUUCAUAGCGGCGGGUGGGACUUGAAGUUUCCGCACCACGACAACGAGUGCGCGCAGAGCGAGGCGUGCAACCUACACAACCAGUGGGUGAACUACUUCCUCCACUGCGGCCAUCUUCACAUCAAAGGGCUGAAGAUGAGCAAAAGCCUCAAAAAUUUCAUCACCAUCCGCCAGGCGCUGGAUGACCUCGGCGUCACGCCACGCACGAUGCGGCUGCUGUUCCUCGCAAGUCCAUGGUAUAAGCCGAUGAACUUCUCGGACCAGUCACUCGACGAGGCGAAGGAAAAGGAGCGUGUCCUGCGUGCCUUCUUCGGCAGCGUUGACAUUGUCCUCCGCGCCGACAACUGGAAGGCCACGCAGGGCGUCAACACGUACGACCGCGAGUUGCUGGGCAAGUGCAUCGAGGCGGAGGCAGCCGUGCACGCGGCGCUGCAGGACAACUUCGACACUGUCGUUGCCCUGCAGCAGCUCAUGUCCCUGGUCGCGGCGACGAACCAGUACCUGCUGUCCGGCGAGCGACCGAGCGCAACGCUAGUGCGCAAGGUGGGGUGCUACGUGACGAAGAUGUUCCGCGUCUUCGGAGUCGUGGAGGGCUCUGACGAUGUUGGCCUGCAGAAACAGGGCUCUGGCGAUGACGAGACACGCUUCAUCGAAGUCAUGAAUGCCCUCGUGCGCUUCCGUGAUGAGGUGCGCGAUGCAGCCAAAGAGCAGAAGGCGGUGGCGGCCUUUUUGCCCUUGUGCGACAAGGUGCGCGACGAGUGGCUUGUCGACGCUGGAGUUCGGCUCGAGGACAACCCAGCUGGCCCGACAGCGUGGAAAAGCGACGAGCCCGCAUUGCUUCGCAAGGAGCUGGCGGAGCGCCGAGCUCAGCAGGAGGGCGACCGCAAGAAGAAGCUGACAAAUCAGGCGGAGACGAAGCGCAGGCUGGUGGAGAAAUGGCGGCAGUUUGUCCACCCGCCGUCGGAUUUCUUCCGCCGCCAGGACGAGAAGAAGUACACCGCCUACGACGACGUCACUGGCCUCCCGACGACGACUGCGACUGGUGAGGAAGUGAGCGAGAAGGAGUUGAAAAAGCUGAGCAAGGAGCAGGCCAAGUACGCCAAGUCGUACGACGAGUUUGUCAGCAAGGGCGGUGUGACGUGGCUUCAGGAGCAGGAGGCAGAACUGGCCAGCAUGGUGGCCGAGCUCGAAGACAAGAAAUAG